UACUAUAUAUAUACAUAUAUUAAAUAACGAAUAAUAAGCAUAAACUAAUAUUUAAAUAGUCUCACGUAUUUGUGAAUUGUUAAAUGAUCAUAAUACAGUAAUUUUUAUUAGUGAAUUAAAUAUUUAACAAAAUGUCGAUAUUAGGAAUGUAUGAAUUAACUCAUCCUGAAUCAUUGUCAAAUUCUGAACUUAAGAAAAUUUUAGAAAAUAGAUGUAUUGACUUCAGUGAUUAUAAAAAUUUAUCUAGAUUUGAAUUAAUAGAAUUAUAUAAAAGGGUAGCAUUACCAUUACCUCAAAGACAAUCCGAAAAUAUGCAAAAUUCAGGAAUAAAAGAACAUAAUGAAGCAACACAUUUUGAUAAUGAAUUGUAUAGAAAUUCAAUUUCAUUGAAUGGUACAAAUAGUACAAAAAUAUGUAUUAAUGAAACAACAAAAAUGCCUGAAUCUUCUUAUAUGAGAUCAAAAUCUUCUACAAAUGAAAUUAAACAAACUUCUAAGAAAAUACGUUUGAAUAAUUCAAAUAAUUUUACAAAAUGUAAUAGUAUUGACAAACAUGUUAAUGAUGAAAAAUAUGAUGGAGCACCAUCAAAGAAAAAACAGAAAAUUACAUGGCCAUAAUUUUGGAAAAUGCAUAUUUAUUUAUAUUAUUAAUUAUU